AUGACCAAUCCCGCCACUUUCCCCCAAAAAGCUGCCUCGAGUCCUCAGAAAUUGAAAAUGAAAAUUGUAAAUGAUCAUUCCAAGAUGAUGGGAAAAGCGCCAGCACCUGAGAUAACUUCUCUUGGUUUGAAUUGCUUGUCCACACAGAGAGAGCAAAUUUCUAGAAGAAAAGGGGGAAAAUUCAGUAUGAUACUUGCUGGAUGCAGUGGAACAGGAAAAACAACAUUCUUAAACACUUUAUUUGGAGUCGAAUUAGAUGAUAAGUCUGAAAUCCCCACGCCAUUUGUGGUGAGAGAGAGGAAAUACGAGUUAACUCAAGAUAACUUUGUUUUCCAAUUAACAGCUGUGGACUUGCCUGGAUUCGGAAUAAAAAUGGAUAACCAAUAUAGUUGGCUUCCUUUAGUCAAAUACAUCGACCAUCAUUUCAUGUCCUAUUUAUUACAGGAGGAGCAACCAGACAGAUCUCAACUUGUGGAUAAUAGAGUCCAUGUAUGCCUUUACUUUCUUCCUCCCUCAAAUACUCAAUUGACUCCUUUAGAUAUCGAAGCAAUGAAGGAGCUAUCCCAAAGGGUAAACUUAAUCCCAUUGAUUGCCCGCAGUGACACAUUGAACAGAGAAGAGUUGACCAACUUCAAGAAGAUAGUCAACAAUACAUUAAAUGCAUAUAACAUCAAGGUAUGCCAAUUCGUCAGCGACAACUAUGUUUGGGAAAAAAUCAAGUCUUUUGUCCCUUACGCUGUUAUCGGAUCAAAUACCUUGGGACAGCAAACAGAAGGUACUGUCGUUAGGGUAAGAAAGUACCACUGGGGAACUGCAGAAAUUGAGAAUCCAGAACACUGUGAUUUCGUUUAUCUCAGGGAAGUUUUGAUGUCGGAACAUAUUCUUGAUUUAAUGACUGCUAUGGAAAGUCAUUAUGCACAGUAUCGUACCAGGUGCUUGCAAGGUAGGCUAACAAAGGCAAUAAGAGACGAGCAUCAUUUGUCCCACAUUGACAGCGAAUGCAGCGGAUUGCAAGCAUAUUUGCUAUACAAAAGAAGCGCUGCCCCGCAAACACUGGAACUCAUUGAGGGUAGCUUCGAAGAAGAACAAAUGAAAAAAGAGUCUCGUGAUAGAUUCGAAGACAUGAUUCGAAACCAAGAGGCAAAAUUUAGAGAAUGGAAGUCAACGCUUUUGGCCAAACAAAAAUUUUACAACAAAGAUUUGGAAGAGGCUUUCCUGAUGAUCAAAAGUUUACAGAGCGACAUUCUACGUGCGGGUCCUAGAGGAGUCGAGUGCUUGAAGCAAAUAGAAAUAGAGAUGACAUCUCUUUUCGGAAAGCUCCAUAAUGCUAGUGAUACCGGCUCCUACGAGUGUGAUGCCAUGCUGUCUCUCAAUAAGUAA